AGCAGACGGGCGACGCAGAGAGAGAUGGAACGCGGUCCGGUGUGGAGGGUCCUGCUGGCGCUCUCGUUGCUGGACAUGAGCUCCGGGGCCCCCGGGGGGUCCGAGGGCCCCGGGGCGUCCGGGUGGGUGUACGAGGUCAACAUGGAGCAGGUGAGCUUCGACAAGGCGGUGGAGGGCUGCUCCGGUGGGGGCGGCCUGGCCGAGCUCCCCUCCCAGCAGGAGGUGUCGGAGGUACUGCUGCGGCUGGAGGACAAGCUGCGGGGGGCCGCCGACGCCCAGUCCUUCUGGGUGGGCCUGAGGAGGACCAGGGGCCAGUGUGUGAUCCCCCACCUCCCCCUCCGGGGCUUCAGCUGGCGGUCGGACGGCGGGCACCACUGGGCGGGGCCGGAGCGCUGGUGGGAGGAGCCCGAGCAGACGUGCAUCGUUCGCUGCGCGGCGCUGAAGGCCCAGGCCAACGGGACGGGUCUGGGCCGCUGGGGGCUGCUGUCCCGGCCCUGCAGGGGCCCCCACGCCUUCAUCUGCCAGCGGGCGCGCCGACACGCGGACCCGCCGCUGACGAGCCCCGUGGGGACGGAGCCCGCGCCCGCCCGCACCGCGACCGCCAGCUCCACCCCCACCCCCACCACCCACUCCACCAGCAUCCUCACCCCCACAACUCGACCGGGACCGGGACCGGGACCGGACACAAAACCAGAACCUACCCCGAAGCCGGAGGCCGAACCACGACCACCGCCAGGAGCAGAACAAGACCCCAAACCAGAGUCGAAACCGCACCAGCCUGGACCAGGACCCCCGCCCGCCACGGUGCCCGGGACCAAGCCCUGCCCCAUGCCCAACCUCCCCUGGGCCCGCUCGCUUAGGCCCGAACCCGGGGACCCGGGGCUGCUGACGCUGGAGUGCUGGUCCGGGGCCCAGCCCCAGGUCCACUGCUCGGACGGACGCUGGGAGUACCUCGGCUCGCCCCUGGACCCGGCCGUCGUCUGUCCUGUGAGCCGGAGCACCGCCCCCCCCCCUCCUCCUCCUCCCCCUCCUCCCCCCUCUCCGAGCGAGGCCGGCCAGGUGGAGGUGCAGGAGGGCGGCUGGGCGGGGCUCAUGGUCCCCGUGCUGGUGGCCGUGGCCUUGCUGGUGCUGCUGGUGGUGCUGGUGGCGGUGGCAGUGUGGUGCUGCCUGGUCCGGCGCUCCAAGGACCGCGCCGUCCGGAAGGCCGAGAAGAUGGCGAUGGAGAACAAGGAGGCGGGCGGCAAGGACUCCAUGGAGACGACCAAUGAGAAGGAGAGACGAUGAUUCAGCCUCGCCGUGAUUGGCUGUUGGUCCUAGCGCUCCGUAGCCCGUACUGUGAACGAGGGUUAGGGUGGUUAGGCCGGGGCUGGGUCAGGGGUACAGCCUGGCUGGAUGGGCUGGUCAUGUUAUGUCAGGUAAGAAUAGGUUGGGUUAGGGUUAACUUGGUUCAGGUUAAGAUAAGAUUAGGAUAUUUAAUGUUGGGCUAGGUUUAUUUUGGUUAUGGUAAGAUUAUAUUAGGUUAGUUUGGGUUAGGGUAAGGUUAUGCCAGGUUAGUUUAGGUUAGGGUAAGAUUAUGUUAGGUUAGUUUAGGUUAGGGUAAGAUUAUGUUAGGUUAGUUUAGGUUAGGGUAAGGUUAUGUUAGGUUAGUUUGGGUUAGGGUAAGAUUAUGCCAGGUUAGUUUGGGUUAGGGUAAGAUUAUGUUAGGUUAGUUUGGGUUAGGGUAAGAUUAUGUUAGGUUAGUUUGGGUUAGGGUAAGGUUAUGCCAGGUUAGUUUGGGUUAGGGUAAGGUUAUGCCAGGUUAGUUUGGGUUAGGAUAAGGUUUUGUAAGGUUGGUUUGGUUUAGGGUGAGGUUGGUUGGUUAUUGGUAUAUUAGGGAUGGGUUAUCCUGGCGCUUGCUGGGGCAAGCUUGUAUAUAAACUCAUGUUGAUUGGGUUGGUCAGUAUAUAUCUCUGUAAAACUCUAAUAAUUUUUAUAAAAUAAAUGUAUGGUUAGGGUAAGGGUUAUUUAAGUGGUUCACUUGUUUUAUGAUCAAUGUUCUGUAAAAAAAAACAUCUUGGGUGUAUUGCAUUUAAAAUGUUAAACAACAUUUUUGUAAGUCAAUACAACGUUUACAGCAAUCUUGUCUACUGUUAAAUAAAUCAAACUAAAUGUAAAA